AUGACAACGUUAGUAUUGAAGAAUAGAAAUGGAUAUCUGUUAUUUCCUAAACCUGAAUCGCCAUCAUUUAUUCAUCGUUCUCGCUCACCUAAAUUACCAACAAUACCAAAAUGCCGUCGUCUAGAAUCACGAACUAUAUCUCAAUCAUCUAAUUAUUAUGUUACUUAUCCUCGUCAAUCUUCACCUCCAUUAAUUAUCAAACCACACCAUAAACUAGAUUAUCCUUAUCAGUUUAAAAGAUAUUAUAAUACUAGUGAAUAUUGUGAUUUAUUUAAUCUUUUAGAAUCGGAUAUAGAAUUAAAAUUAUUAAAAAAUACAACAUCACCAUCUGAUUAUUGGCAACAAUAUUAUACACCAAGACGGAUAAAACGUCGUACAAGACGACAACAGACCCAAUGUCAACAUCAAAGUAUAACUAGAAAACAUUCACAUCAUCGAAAACGUCAUAGUGGUAAUCGACGUCGAUCAGUUGAUUUUGAAUAUGCCCAUGUACGUUUAAAUCGAGAUAAAUUUGUUCAUGAAAAUCAUUGUGUUUUAUUAGCUGACUGUUGUACGGUUAGUGGUGUCGAUGAAAUUGAACAUCAAGCAUUAUUAUCGACAAAAAAAAGUAAAAUAAAAACGAAUAGUGCAGACAGAAAAACAACAAAAAAACAAUCAAGACAAAAUAAUUUUUGGCGUUUGGCAUUAAAUUAUUUUUGUAUUCCUAUUGGAACACCAUGA